UCAUGAGGUCUGUCAAAGCGGCAUAUGCAAUCGGACUGAUUAGCCGGAGACUUGCAUCCUUUUAGAAGCUAUGUCAAGGUUAACUAAAUGUUAUUGUCAUCUGCUUAGCUUGAGCUCCACAUGGAAAUGUCACCAACAAGCCUCCAGACUGUCAACAAUGAGAAGUGGACUUUAUUUGAUAUGUGGUGGCAGAUUUAGGAGUAUUUCUUCACCAAAGACCGUUACAAGGACCAGUGUAUGUGGAGGACAUUCACAGUGGUUUGAUUGGAUUCUGAAGAAAAGAGAACUCCAUUUAAGCGCACCGCUUGGAGAAAAAAAUGCACUUCACUUCAGAGAACUAACAGAGACAGAAUAUGAGAGACUGGCAGAAGAGACACUGGACGCAUUGGCUGACUAUUUUGAAGACCUCACAGAUGAGAGCUUCACUGGAAUGGACUUUGACAUUGUCUUCUCUAAUGGAGUGCUGACAAUGAAAGUGGGCUCUGACCUCGGUACAUAUGUUAUCAACAAACAGACACCCAACCGACAGAUUUGGCUGUCCUCGCCGAUAAGCGGUCCAAAGCGCUAUGAUUGGACGGGAGAGCGAUGGGUGUACGCUCAUGAUGGCAUGGCAUUGCAUAAUCUGCUCUCUGAAGAGUUGUCUGUCAUCUUCAAAUCAAAUAUAGACCUGUCACAUCUCAUCCAUUCAUGAUGAGACCAAUGUGAAGAACAGACACCGUUGUAGAUCUUCUCCACACCAGUUCUCGUGUGACUCGCGUGAUCUUUUGGGUUAAACAAUAAGUGUAAGAAUUCAAAACUCUAGCUAAUGUCCAAAAAGAACACCUUUUUUGCCUCUUUUUGCAUGAAGACCUACAAAUCAACCCCCUACAAAAUCCCAAAAGCAGGACCAGAUGUGCAGAUUUGAUUAUGAAGUUAAAGUAUUAAGUAUUAUAUUAAACAAGUGCAAGUCCCAAACAAGUAUAGACCUUGAUUAACCGUAGAGAGGAUUUAUUUGUCUACAUCAAACCUGUGUGUAAUUAUAAGCUUUAAAUGCACUCAAACAGCAGAAAGUGCUCUCAUACUCAAAUCCCUGUAAAACUGUACCUGGUUAGAUUAAAAACAGAUUAAAGAGAUCACAUUUAAUGGCUCUUAAACCAGUUGAAGAAGACAAAUGGACACAGAUAGUUUUUUGGAGGCUGGAUUUAUCUGCACGUCUGGCCCUGCUUGAACUAGAGGCUGCUGGCUAGAUGCGGGAAAAGAAGGGGAUUAUGACCGACAGAUGGAGAAGUUUUUGCUUUAAAAGCCCCAAGCCAGAGCCUUUAUUCAAGAGUUUUCUGUGAAUAACGGCAUCACAUCUGAUCAUAUUCCUCAGAGCUUUACCAGAAAUGUAGCAUCUAUCCGCUGUGUCAUUAACUGGUGAUAGAACAUAGUUAAUUAUUACUCCUUAGACGCCUCUUAACAUAAUAGCCCAUAUAUCACAACGUUAACUUGACACGCCGUCCAUGCAAAUGUUGAAAUAUGAGAUGGAUUGCUCUGAUAUGUUUGUUGUCUUAAUUGGGGUUGCAUUAAUGGAAUGCACCACAGUUCUGAUGUCUGAUGUAUUUAACCGUUGAUGCCUAUGUGAAUAAAAUAUUAAAUAAA